AUGCUAUGUGUAGAUACAGAAGAAAAUCUCAAUCAGAAUGCAGAGCCAGAUACAGAAGAAAAUCUCAAUCAGAAUGCAGAGCCAGGUGCAUCAUUGGGACCCAACUAUUAUCCGGAAGUAGCAUUUGUUGUGGUUCAGAAACGUCAUCAUAGUAGGUUGUUCCCCAAUAACCACAAUGACAAGCAUACAGUUGACCGCAGUGGAAAUAUACCGCCUGGCACGGUUGUAGAUUCAAAGAUCUGCCAUCCUACUGAGUUUGACUUCUAUCUCUGCAGCGAUGCUGGUAUACAGGGCACUAGCAGGCCAGCACAAUACCAUGUCUUAUGGGAUGAGAACAAUUUCACAGCCGAUACUCUUCAGUCACUAACUAAUAGUCUUUGCUACAUAUAUGCAAGGUGUUCGCGAUCUGUUUCCCCAUUGGUGCUCUACUUGAUACUCAUUCUUAUAUUUUCUUCAGUACCUCCUCCCGCAUACUAUGCACAUUUGGCUGCUUUUUGUGCUCGCUUUUACAUGGAGCAAGAGACAGCUGAUGGCGGGUCCAUCGCAAGCAGUGCUGGUGCUGCUGCAAGGAAUACUCGGGGUCCAGCUGCCAAUGUUGCCGUGAGACCCCUACCUCAGCUUAGAGAGAAUGUGAAAAGGGUUACGUUCUACUGUGGAGACUUGAGAGUUGUCUGCUGA